GGCGGUGCGAUAACAAGAGAAAUCCGCCGGCGAAAAUCCCAAUUGCAAGUCCCGGUGUUUGUUCUGACUCGUAGGUUCUCCACCGCGGCUCCCAAAUUCUACUUCUAAGGCCGGGACUUUGCUGAGGGGUGCGUGCGCCCUGCCCUAACCCUGCGGUUGGGCCUGGGAACGGAUGACGGUGAGCCCCGAGCCUGGCGGACAGCUAGUGUGGGCGGCCCGCGCGGCAGGCCUUAGGAACCCCAGUGUCCCGAGAGAGAGAACGAGGUGGCUUCUUGGGACCUUAGCCACGUGCCACUGGGUCCCUUUCCCUACUUCGCUCCGUGAUGGCAGUGUGGGGGGCCUCAGUCCGUGGAAUGCGACUCUUCCUUCGGGCCCGUGCGAAGCCUCUUGUGAGUGGGGUCAGAAAGUGAGGUCACUCUCCCAGGCUCAGUUCCAUCUAUUCCUGAAGAAAACGGAGCUCCCACCUCCGAGGAACGAAGACCCCACUUGUGUCUAUCUGACUCUCAGUUCCUGCAGCUGUUGCGGUUAUUUUUAAGUCACCCUGUGCACGGCACUUAUGCUGCGGAGGCAUAAAAACAGCCUGAAGAAACGCAUCAGAGAAAACCCUGUGUCUGCAGUGUCAGCGUGGAUUCCCGAAAUUAUUCAAGGAUGGGGGACCUUCAGUGUUGAAUGUGUUACCAUCAACUAAUGACAUGGCUUCUUUGCAAAGGAAAAGACUGCAGACAAGAGUUCUUAGCUCUGAAGAAAAGGAGAAGCUGAAAAAAGACCAAGUUUUGGUGUCUGACUUUAAACAGCAAAAAUUGGAAAAAGAGGCUCAGAAGAAUUGGGACCUUUUUUAUAAAAGAAAUAGUACCAACUUUUUCAAAGAUAGACACUGGACCACUAGGGAGUUUGAGGAGCUGCGGUCAUGUAGGGAGUAUGAAGGUCAAAAGUUGACUAUGCUUGAAGCUGGCUGCGGGGUUGGGAACUGUUUAUUCCCACUUUUGGAAGAAGAUUUGAACAUCUUUGCCUAUGCCUGUGACUUUUCUCCAAGAGCAGUUGAGUAUGUUAAGCAAAAUCCUUUAUAUAAUCCAGAGAGAUGCAAGGUAUUCCAGUGUGAUCUCACUAAAGAUGAUCUUUUGGAUCAUGUGCCAUCCGAGUCUGUGGACGUUGUCCUGUUGAUAUUUGUGCUCUCAGCUAUUCACCCUGAGAAGAUGAACCUUGUUUUACGAAACAUUUACAAGGUUUUAAAACCAGGCCACAGUGUCUUGUUCCGUGACUAUGGGCUGUACGAUCAUGCCAUGCUUAGGUUUAAAGCUGGCAAUAAACUUGGAGAAAACUUUUAUGUUAGACAAGAUGGAACCAGAUCAUAUUUUUUUACUGAUGAAUUCCUGGCUCAGCUCUUUGUGGACACGGGUUAUGAAGAAGUGGUGAAUGAGUAUGUGUUUCGAGAGACAGUGAAUAAAAAAGAAGGCCUGUGUGUGCCAAGGGUUUUCCUUCAGAGCAAAUUUCGAAAGCCUCCACAGGACCCAAGCCCUGCAACCCUGGGUUUGGGACCCCAAGAUGGCAACUGUGCCUGCCCUUGAAGAGGAGAGUUUCAAAUCACUUUGUAAUUUGUACAUUUUUAUAUUUUGAGUUUUUAAAAAUGAACAUAUGUAAUUUUUGCAUUAAAA